AUCUCUCAACUGCAGGCGGCGGAGGAAAAAAAAAGUGUCAAAAUGGAUCGACCAAGCAGCUGCCUCCCGUAGCAUAGCACACCGGCACUUCUCGUCGACAAAGCAUCUUCUCCACUGCGCUCUGCUUUUUUGACACAUACACACACAGAGCCCUUUUGUCUUAACGUACACUGAGCUGUCCGUCGACCCGUUUCCCCAAUGGCUGCGCGGCUGGCCAAGUCCCUGCUCGUCGUCCUCUUCCUCUCGUCCUGCUCUGCCGCCGUGGCCAUCCGGACGCAUGGCCGUGGCUACGUGUCGGCGGUCGGUGACCCUGGCAUGCAGCGCGACGGCCUCCGCGUGGCCUGGGAGGCCUGGAACUUCUGCAACGAGGUCGGCCAGGAGGCCCCCGGCAUGGGCAGCCCGCGCGGCGCCGACUGCUUCGACAUCGCGGCCACCGACGACGAGCAGGGCCAGCCCGUGUACAAGGUGGUGCACCGCGUGACCGACGCCGACAACGCCCUCCGCGCCGGCGACCCGUUCCCCGGCACGUCGUCCAACUCCACCGUCAUCGACACCGACCGCUACGCGGCGGCGAAGGAGCUCUACCUCGGGGACCGGUGCCAGGUGCCCGACAGCCCGGUGCCGUGGCAGUUCUGGAUGGUGAUGCUCAAGAACGGCAACCUGGACACGACCGCGGCCAUCUGCCCCGACAACGGCCGCCCGGCGCGCCCGUUCCCGCAGACCUCCCGGUUCCCCUGCCCCGGCGGCACGGGGUGCAUGAACCAGCCGCUGGUGUUCCACAACCGCACCGCGCUGGACGAUGCCGGCCGGUGGCUCCGAGGCGGGCUGUUCGGCACGUACGAGCUGGACGCCACGGAUCUUGGUCGCAACGACGUGUCCUACUACUCGGUGGUGUGGGAAAAGCAGGUCGAUCCGGCGGCCGGCGCCGGCUGGGUUUUCCACCACAAGCUGCGCACGUCGGCAAAGUACCCCUGGCUGAUGCUGUACCUGCGGUCCGACGCCACCAGGGGCUUCUCCGGCGGCUACCACUACGACACCAGAGGCAUGACAAAGAUAGUGCCGGAGUCACCAGAUUUCAAGGUGAGGCUGACGCUGGAGGUGAAGCAGGGCGGGGGGCCCAACAGCCAGUUCUACCUGAUGGACAUGGGCAGCUGCUGGAAGAACGACGGCGCACCGUGCGACGGCGACACGGCCACGGACGUGACCCGGUACAGCGAGAUGAUCAUCAACCCGGAGACGCCGACGUGGUGCCAGCCGGGGCGCAGGGACCAGUGCCCGCCGUGGCACACGUUCCGCAACGGCACGCGCGUGCACCGCGACGACGCCGCGCGGUUCCCCUACGCCGCCUACCAUGUCUACUGCUCGCCGGGGAACGCGCGGCACGCCGAGCAGCCGACGACCUACUGCGACCCCUACAGCAACCCGCAGCCGCAGGAGAUCCUGCAGAUCGUGCCGCACCCGGUGUGGGGCGAGUUCGGCUACCCCACGGCCAAAGGACAGGGCUGGAUCGGUGACCCCAGGGCAUGGGAGCUCGACGUUGGCGCAUUGUCGCACGCGCUGUAUUUCUACCAGGAUCCGGGCACGCCGCCGGCGAAGAGGCAGUGGUCGUCGCUUGACGUCGGCACCGAGAUAUAUGUCAGCAAGAAUGCGGAGGCGGAGUGGACGCUGAGCGGGUUCGACAUUCUGGUACCCAACAAGUGUAUCACGUCACAAGGGGGAACCGUCAGUAGUUGUUGGUAGUGUAGGUGGAAGGUCAUUCUCCCAUCUCAAGAAGAAAGGCCAUUCUCAUACGUAGCAUACGCUUUGAAGCAACAUGCACGUACGACGCAUCUAACAGAUUGAGUAUAUCAUUUCUUUUCGAAUGGAUGUCCUGGUUGAACAA